AUGAUCGUAGGAGGAACGGCUGUCGCCGGGUCAUCCAAAAAGGUCCGCAAAACCUACCUUCGCAUGGUACAAAAUGUUCAGCUGACGGGAGUUAUGCCGAAGAUAGCACGAAGAGAAGGCCCCAUAAUCGAGUUCUCAGAAGAGGAUGCACGAUGCCUUCACCAUCCACAUGACGAUGCGCUCGUCGUCAGCUUAUGGGUAGAAGACUACAACAUGCACCGGGUGUUGGUCGACAACGGCAGUUCAACAGAUAUUUUAUACUACCCGGCAUUCCAGCAGAAGAGGAUCGACAGGGAGCGAUUGAUUCCGACAAAUGCCCCGCUUGUGGGCUUCAGAGGGAGUCGGGUAUUCCCCUUGGGCGCGGUCACAUUGUCCGAAAUGGUAGGCGAUUACCCUCAGCAGAUAACCAAGAACGUAACAUUCUUGGUGGUCGAUUACUCGUCUGCCUACAACGCUAUCCUCGGAAGACCCACGCUCAAUUCAUGGAAGGCGGUAACUUCAACCUACCAUCUAAUGAUUAAGUUUCCUAUUGACUACGAAGUAGGGGAGCUGCGCGGAAGUCAAAUGGCCGCACAUGAAUGCUACGUAGCCAUGAUGGAAAUGGAAGAUCAGGUUCAGGCUUUGAGUAUAGAAGAGCACCGGACGGGAAUCGAGGCAAACCCGGACAAGAUCCAGGCCAUUAUGGAGAUGGCGCCACCAAGAAAUGUGAAGGAGGUGCAAAGCCACAACGGAAAAAUAGCGGCACUGAAUAGGUUCAUGUCAAGGGUGACGGACAAAUGUUUGCCCUUCUUCCGCACGCUGAAGAGAUCAUUCGAGUGGACUGCCGAAUGCCAGCAAGCAUUCGAGGAGUUGAAGGCUUAUCUCUCCUCCCCACCACUGCUGAGCCCGUCACAGCCAGGAGAAGAGCUUUUUCUCUAUCUAGCCGUCUCCCCCAUAACCAUUAGUGCUGCCUUAGUCAGAGAAGAAGAAAAAGUACAAAAGCCCGUAUACUACGCGAGUCGAGUGCUUCGCGGUGCUGAAGAAAGAUACUCGCUAAUGGAAAAACUUGCCUUUGCAUUAGUUACGGCUAUAGAGUUAAGCGAAUUUGAUAUCCAGUACCACCCACGGACCGCCAUCAAGGGACAGAUCGUCGCAGAUUUCAUAACAGAAUUCACUCAUGACGAAGACAAAGGGGCAGAAGAGUCCUCUCAUUGGAGCAUAUAUACAGACGGGUUGUCCAACAGACAAGCCGGAGGGGCUGGCAUCAUACUACUAUCGGCCGAAGGAGAUAUAAUUGAAUGUAUGGUCCGUCUUGACUUCCCCGCUACUAACAAUGAAUCAGAGUAUGAAGCAUUGAUAGCAGGACUCGACCUCGCCAAAGCAGUAGGAGCCGCGAGGGUAGUCAUCUACUGCGACUCUCAGGUCAUUACAAACCAAAUAAAUGGAGACUACGAGUGCAAGGGCGAAAGGAUGGAAAGGUACCUUGAUCAACUUUCUCCACUAAUAGGCCCCAGCAACGUGCAGGAAAUAGGCUCUAACAGUAGCUGGACUGCGCCGUUAGUUUCAUACUUAAAAGACGGGGUCUUACCAGACGGAAAGGAGGUUGCAAGGAAACUGAAGGUCCAGGCGGCAAGGUUCAUCCUAAUAAAAGACGUCCUAUACAAAAGAGGCUUCUCCCGACCAUAUCUGAGAUGCUUGGGUAUGGAAGAAGCAAACUAUGUCAUGAGAGAGGACGAUGACAAGGGCACCCACAGGAGAGACACCGUUCCGACUGACGUACGAAAGCGAAGCAGUCAUCCCGGCCGAAGUUGGGCUCACGAGCUACAGGGUACACAACCAUGA